CCUCACCCUACUUACCUCUACCCGACUCAAAUCAAACAUCCUGUAGCCUCUCUUGGCCCAGGCUUCUAGGAGCGACAUGAACGGCCCUCACCACGCCAGCGGCAGCGGGCUCAAGCUCGUGAUUCCAUCUCUGAAGACGGUGCAAGCUCUCAAAGGCCAGAAACGAAAGAAGGUCCUUGGUUUCGUCCAAGAUGAACCAAAGCCAAAGAUACCACGACCUAUCAAGCUCAAACCGCUGAAGGAAGUGCUCGCGAGGUUGAUUGUACAAAUCAAGAAGAAAGACGACUAUGCAUUCUUCCUGCAACCCGUGGAUGUCUCGAAGGUGCCAGGGUACGCAGAUAUCGUCAAGCGUCCUAUGGACCUCGGAACGAUGACCACGAAGGUCGAGAGAGGGAGAUAUCGGUCGCUGGAGGAGUUUGCCGAUGACUUGAAGCUGGUCACAACGAAUGCGAAGGCAUUCAACCCUCCGGGCACCAUCUACCACACCGAAGCCGACCGCGUCGAGGCCUGGGCACUCGAGCACAUCGCAAAAGCGGCCGGGACCGUGAUCGAGUAUGAAACUGACUGGAAUAUCGACGUCGAGCGCGACGAUGAGCCGGAAGGCAUUGACAGGGAGCAGGGGCGGGCAGCGGACGGGGACAAGAGCACGUCGAUGGAUGUGGACGACACAGGGUCGGUCGUCAGUGCGCAGACGCCUGCGACCGCGCAGUCCACCAAGCGCAAGGGUGUGAAUGCGAAGAAACCUCCAGGUGCGCUGUCCGAGAGCUUGGAGGCGGACGGAGGCUUGCCUGGCGCGAAAGAUGGAUUGGGUGCCUUCCCGCCCGGGUCCGAUUGGGCGGAGCUGAUGCUUGCACUGAAGCUGAAAGGCAAGCGAUAUCGGACGAAGAAACAGCGUCUCCGGAUGGAAAGAGGCGGUCCUCCGUAUAGAGCAGACGGCAGUCUCGACUACACCGAGCUCGAAGAUGCGUUCUCAGUCCUCCAAUUCUUCGUUCCGGAUCCUCCUGCACGUCCGCUACUCACGCCCCUAUAUCCCCCUCCUGCCGACCAACCUCCCCAGUCCGCUCAAGCGUCCACAUCUGCACUCCCACCGUUCCCAACGCCUGUCGUCGCUCCUACUACCCCAGCUGCAGUCAACCCCAGCGUCCCUUCCCUGAGCUCCUCGUCUACUGCAAACUCGAAGAAGCGGAAACGACGGCACUGGACGAUCGUGCGCAACGCGUCUACACGACGCGCGAAGGAGCGCGAAGAGGAGGAUGAGGAGGAGCCGCCGUGGAAGGCGCCGCGUUUGCCCUCAGCGAGUGACUUUGGUUCAUUUGCUGAGCUCCAGAACACAUUGGCCUCAGAAGGCGCCGCAGCCAAUGUGAGCGACCUCGGGUCAGAACGAAGAUUGUUCGAGGCUAUACGCACGAGCGUGGAGGCAGCGAGCAUGCGAAGCAAGGGCAAGCAGGUCGAUCGAGGACAGCUCAGCGCGGAUGACGAUGAGGACGCCACGUACUGGAGAGAGAAAGGCGGCGAAGCACAGGAGUACAUCCGCGACGUCGUCUACGGCGGCGUGGACGGGUAUGCCUACGCGCGCAGCAUCGCCCAAUUCGUCCACCUCGACGAGCCGCUCGAAGACACGUCCGAACCGGCUUCCUACGAUGCACUGGGCAUGCCCCUCGCGCACUACGUCUCGCAGCACGUCCUCGAUCCUCUCACAGGCGGGCUGCACGGCGCCCUCGCAUCCGCGUUCAGCGCACUGCGCGACUCCGCCCACGGUGCACGUGCCCCCGAGCAUGUCCGCGCGCAGAUUCCGCUCUCCCUGAAGACAUACCCCGCCGCCGAGCGCGCCCUCGCAGCGCUCACGGCAAAACUGGACAUGAUACCGCUCAUCCGCGUGCCCGACGAGCUCUACCGUGUCGAGGCGCACUGGGCGGGCAACGCGUACCGCGAGGAGAAGCGCCAGAGGGAGGAGGAGGCGCAGGCGCGGGGCGACGCCGCGGCGUUCCUGCGGUUCGCGAUCGAGCAGCACCAGGAGGCGCAAGCGCAAACUCAGGGACUCGCACAGACUGUUGGCACAGAGGCGGCAAAGACUACUGGGGCGACCCAGGAGGACCCUGAGGUGUUGCGAUAUGUGCUCGGUGUCGUGACGGACACGAUCGAGGGGAUGAUCAAGGCGAGAACCGAAGGGGGCGCUGGAGAGAACAAAGACGAAGCUGAGAGGAAGGGCGCGACAGGCGGCUCUCCGCAGUCAUUCGGUACUGUUCCUGAGGCUCUUCCUGAGGCCAUGGACGCGGACACGGACGUUGACAUGGAGCCCAAGGACGAGCCGCCACUGGAUUUCAAAUUGCAGACACCUGUCCCCGGUCCAUUACCUUCGCAAGAGAUUCUGUCGCAGCCCGCCCCCUCAUCUCCUCCACAGCCAGAUGCACCUCUUCAACCAGCACGUGCUACCUCCCCUGCGGCGCCGCAAGCAUAUCCCCUUGCGAAGGUCGAAAGUACCGAUGAGGAUCCUGCGAUGCGGGCUCUCCGGAUGAAUCUACUUGGCCUCGCCAAGCGCGCACCCCUCCAGGCCAUCGCUCCCUUACCUGUAUCUCUAGUGCCUAAAGCACUGAGGAACGUGGUACCCUUGCUUCCACAGUGAGAUGCUGAUUAUACGACGACAUGCUAGAGCGUCAGGAUCAUGCUUGCUUAUGUCGAAGCCGAGUUGGACCUGCUAUUCUCGCCGUGCGAGUAGACUUCUCAUUGACCAA